GGGAUCGACGUACGUCUGACGUCUKACGUAGCCGGAAGUUUUUAAGAAGACCAUAACAAAACUGCUACUGUGGAUAUUGGUCAUGAAAUUAGAUAUAAUGACGCUAAUUCAGUGGUUUCUUAUGAGUGGGAUUUAAUAGUGCUCAGUUUUGAGUCACGUGUGUGUUGUUAUUCGGCACAGAAAAGACGGAACAAUUUAGUAAAAGUCGCUGUUUGGAAGAUCCCUCCACAUUUAUCCAAUGUCUUCUGGCUGUCCACCCCAAUCACCUGCUGUAGCAAAAUCUGAGGUAGCUGUGGAGGGAGAAUGUCCGCUGCUGGCCGCCACCUUUGCCUACUGGGACAACAUCCUGGGUCCGCGCGUGCGUCACAUCUGGGCGCCGAAGGGCGAGCAGCUGAUGUUCCUCAGCGACGGCGAGGUCACCUUUUUGGCCAAUCACACGCUGAACGGCGAGAUCCUGAGAAGCGCCGAGUGCGGCGCGGUGGACGUGAAGUUCUUCGUCCUGGCCGAGAAGGGCGUCAUCAUCGUGUCCCUGAUCUUUGACGGGGAGCUGAAGGGGGAUAAGAACACGUGCGCCCUGUCCAUCAUUCUGCCUCAGACGGAGCUGGCCUUCUACCUGCCGCUGCACGCCGUCUGCGUGGAGAGGCUAAAGCACGCCGUCCGCAAGGGACGCAUCUGCAUGCAGAAGGGCUACAACAUCAUCCCGGUGCUGAGCUCGGAGAUCGUCCCCAUCAUGGAGCUGCUGGCCUCCAUGAAAUCCCACAGUGUGCCUGAAGAUGUAGAUAUAAAAGACACGGUGCUAAAUGAUGAUGACAUCGGGGACAGCUGCCACGAGGAUUUCCUCCACAAGUGUUCAUGCUGAAGCCGGGCCUGUCCCUGCGGAGCUCCUAUCUGGCCCAGUUCCUGCUGCUGCUCCACAGGAAGGCCCUCACGCUGCUCAAGUACAUCGAGGACGAAACGCAAAAAGGGAAGAAGCCGUUUCGAUCGUUGCGCAACUUGAAGACGGACCUGGAUCUGACGAAGGAGGGAGACCUGAAUAUCAUCAUGGCGUUUGCUGAGAAGCUGAGGGCGGGGCUUCACUCCUUCGUGUUCGGGAAGUCGUUCUACACCAGCGUUCAGGAGCGAGAUGUGCUCGUGAGCUUCUGACCGAGUUCUUAAUAAUUAUCAGCUGUGACGUCAGUCGUAGAGCGAAGGACCAGACCGUGUCUUUAAGUUGUGGACAUUUUUGUUUCGUUCUUGUUUUGUUUUGCUGUUACACAAACGCCUGCAUGCUGAUUGAAGAAGCAGAGUAUUUAUUGUCUUUGUGUUUAGUUGGAGGCGAGGCGUGAACUCUGACUGAUUGUAGCUGCUGUUACGAGCCGAAGAAUGUGAAAUAUCUUCAUCAACAGCGAGUGUAACGUGAGCGCAGUGUUUUCACAGAGCUUCCUCUGAACCGGAUGAAUUAUUUAUGCACUCUGUUAAUCGGGGCUCUGGAUUAAUUUAUGAUGUAAGAAUUGGCUGAAGUGCCCACAGAGACGUUUGGAGUUUAAUUUAAGAUUAUAUUUAUUGAAAGACGAUUUAAUAAUGUCUACAUUUUGUGUAUUGUGUUACACACUGUAGAAGGCUUUUUAACUGUACAAAAACAUGGUUAAACUCAAAGCAGUUUCAAAGGUUUAUGAAAUAACACAACCACUGUCUUUCCAGACAGAAUCUAUAGAUUUAAGCUCAGUUAUUAAGUGUAUUUGCUUAGAAAUAAAAUAUUUUUUUCUUUCUGCAGCUGCAGCCUAUUAUUAACAAAGGAUUACAGAGCUUUACUGUAAACUGAAAUAAAUUUAAUUUGAAUUUAAGUGAUGAUGUUGAGCCGUGUUACAAGUGUUUGUGUUUUUCUAUUUGAGCUAAAAUCAAAUCAUUUUCUGAUUAUUUACCGUUUUUUGUUUCCUGACUGUAUUAUGUGAAAAAUUGUAAGACAAGCUCAUAAAUAAUAAAUGCUGUCCUCACAAAUCCA